GUCCCCACCAAAUUAUGUUUUUAAAUAGUUUUUGACAGAUGAAUUAAUUCGCUCUAAGUGGCCUAGUCUUCUUCUAAUGUGAUUGUUAUUGGCUCGUUAGUCGUUCGUUUGUUUUUUUUUCGCAUUUCAUACAAAAUCUGCCCAUUUUUUUCUGCUUGUCGGUCUGUACGUGUAUAUGAUAAAGUUGCUCGUUCAUCGGUAUUUGUUUUUUACAUUGCGAUUACAAAAUAAAUGAAGAUGGGUUGGCGUUUUUGGUGAUUUUGUUCGUGUUGUUGCUCGUUUUUUGCUUACUUUUCCUCAAUUUAGUGGAGCCAAUUUUAUGGAAAUCUUUUUUUCAAUAAUUCAACAAGCUCGCGUACAAUGCUUCAGUCCAUGUGAAUUAUUUCACAGAAGUCAUUAUAUCACAGUGUAAUUUUUCGAAACAUCGGUCCAUUCUAUUGAAUCUGAUUAUAAUUAUUCGGUGAUUUCUUUUUUUAAUGUGAGCCCAUCAAGUGUGAUUUAAUUUGUGUGAAACAAAAAUGAGUGAAAAUAUUGGCAAUUUAUAUGUGAGUGCGGAGAGUGAAGAAGAAGUGAGUACAGUGGGUGGUUCACCUCGAAAAUCUACGUCGUUAUCAUCGCUUCGAAGUCUACGUGAUACGUUCAAAAGAUCAGAGAGCCGGACAUCACAAACGAGUUUGGCAUCGACCAGCAAAGUAGAAACAUCCGACAAUGGUUCCGAUCAAACCACUUCAACUGACACCAAACUGACUCGCGAUCCAGCGGCGAUUGAGCGCAGUAAUUUGGUGAAUAUUUGUAAGCUGGUUGUAAAAGAAUUAUUGGAACAGUCAAUUCGAUAUGGACGUAUGCUCGACUCGGAUCACUUGCCACUGCAGCAUUUCUUCAUUGUGCUCGAACAUGUGCUGCGACAUGGACUGAAGCCAAAGAAAGGUUUGCUCGGUCCGAAAAAAGAGCUGUGGGACAUUUUGCAGAGUGUCGAAAAGUAUUGCUACGAAGCGCAUGAUAUAACAGCCAGUGUUCGAGAUUUGCCAACCGUUCGAACACAUAUGGGCCGCGCCAGAGCAUGGCUUCGCAUCGCUUUGAUGCAAAAGAAACUGGCCGACUAUCUGCAAGCGCUGAUGGAACACAAAGACGAAGCGUUGGCCGAAUUCUAUGAACCGCAUGCGUUAAUGAUGAGCGAUGAAGUCGUAAUAAUAAUGGGCAUUUUGGUUGGUUUAAAUGUGAUCGACUGUAAUCUGUGUUUCAAAGAGGAAGACUUGGAUUCGCAACAAGGUGUUAUCGAUUUUUCACUAUAUUUGCGAACCAGUUCACGUGCAAGCCCCGACGAUGAAAACGUUCCAGUGGCCGCUCUUGAGGGGCCGGCUGGCAAUAUGACAGCGGUAUUAGACCAAAAGAACUAUAUCGAGGAAUUGAAUCGGCAUUUGAACGCGACAGUUGGCAAUUUGCAAUCAAAAGUUGAAGGUCUUACCACUACAAAUGCACUGAUGAAAGAAGAUCUGGCCAUUGCACGAAACAGUUUGAUGGCAUUGCAAGCGGAGAAUGCCGCAUUGCGCCGGAGUGCACAGUCGGGCAAUGAGAGUCGAAAUGAGAAUCCAAACAAUGUUUUAGAUCACAUUGAUCCGGAAAUGGCGCAAGCUUUAGCGACCGAAAAGAAGAAACGAUUAGAUAUAGAACGUGAACUAGAACUUCAGGUUUCGUUGAAAGCCGAAACGGAAAUGGCAAUGAAGCUGCUAGAGAAAGACAUUCACGAGAAACAAGACACGAUUGUUUCGCUUCGGCGUCAGCUCGAAGAUAUCAAGCAGAUUAAUUUGGAAAUGUAUAAUAAGUUACAGGAAUGUCAGUCAUCGUUGAAGCAUAAAAGUGAAUUAUUGGCUAAGCUCGAAUCGCAGAAGGAAACAAUGGCCAACGUCAUUUUACAGCUUGAGAAAAAAUACGCCAACGAGAUAGCAAGUUUGACGGCAUUGCAGGAGACGUCACAAGCGUUGUCAUUGCAAGUGGUCGCAUGCGAAGAGCGCGCUUCGCGCUGUGAAACGGAUGUACGCGUUGAGCGUGAAUGGCGAUGUGAUUUGCAGGAGAAAGAGUCAAAGGCCAAGGAACAAAUUAGCAUACUGCAACUGCAAAUUAAGCAAUUGAAUGACGAAAUCAAAAGCCAUGAUCGAAUGCGCAACGAAUUGGAGCGCUUGAAAAAGCAAUGGGCCGAAGCGCAAAUUACACUCGAAGAGCUUGGCAUUCAAUUGAGUGUCAAUAAAUUACAAGUGUCAGAAUUGCAGGAGAAACUGAAGAAUGCUGAACAAAAUAAUUCACGGCUGAUAAAUAGUGACACAAAUGGCAGUGUCUGGUCACCAGACAAUUCAACAUCGAAAUGCAAGAAGUGCGAACGAGAAUUCAGUCUGACACGACGCAAACACCACUGCAGGAACUGCGGAGAGAUCUUUUGUAACAGUUGCUCAGAACAAGUAGCACCACUACCGAAUGACCAAGGCCAAAUGAGUAAACCAGUCCGUGUGUGCGAUGGAUGUUGGCAGAUCAUAAACGCAGCUCGAAUCACAGCCGGUCGACCAGAUAAUUGACGUGAACAAACUGUUCUAAUUUGAAUUACGUGCAAACGACCUCAAAACAAAUUCAAUCUUUUUUUUAAAUCACAUUUUAUAGAUGGAUUUCAGUUGCAUCUCUCUUUUCCAUCUGUAACAUGUUUACAAAUGAUUUUAAUAAAUAAUUUUGAAUACAAA